AGCUGAUUGGCUAGUUUACAAGGCGAGAGUCCCGGAUUUAGAGGCGGUUUAUAUUUUAACACACUGAAGGCGCGUAACUGAGUUUGAAUUUGGUGAGGAUUGGUUUGUGCAGGUUCACCUCAAACAAUCGACAUUCACAAUUUGCAAAAUGGCUGGAGGUAAAGCAGGAAAGGACUCCGGGAAGGCGAAAGCAAAGGCUAUUUCGCGCUCACAGAGGGCUGGACUGCAGUUUCCAGUGGGUCGUAUUCACAGACACCUGAAGUCCAGGACCACCAGCCACGGGCGCGUCGGAGCCACCGCAGCAGUGUACAGCGCUGCUAUUCUGGAGUAUUUGACUGCUGAGGUACUUGAGCUAGCAGGAAACGCAUCUAAAGAUCUGAAGGUUAAAAGAAUCACCCCACGCCACUUACAGUUGGCAAUCAGAGGCGAUGAAGAGUUGGACUCACUCAUUAAGGCGACUAUCGCGGGUGGUGGUGUUAUACCCCAUAUUCACAAGUCACUUAUUGGGAAGAAGGGCCAACAGAAGACCGUGUAAACAAUACUGUUUGCUGUCUCAGGAAAUGAAAGUGUUGAGCUGUUGUUGGUGUGUGUGUGUGGGUUGUUGGGUGUUUUUUGCUUGUAGAUUAGAAUUUUAAAACUUAUUGUCCAGUUUUGCAUUUCCUCAUUUCUGGGGUAUUAUUUUCAAACAUGGCUUCAGAGAAGCUUUCCCCCUCUUUUUCUAAUGCUUGGCUAAUCUUAUGUACCCUUUUUAAUUUGCAAUCUGCCAUUUGACUUUUGAAUUUGUGGCGUUUCAGGAUUUUAUUCUAAUAAAGCUCAAAUUGCCAGUAAAUAUAAA